UUCUGAUAUAAAUACAGUAAAAAAAUUGCAAUAUUCCCUACACCAGCCAAUGAUUUUUCGGUGGAGUUUUCACUGCAAUCUUUAGCCCCAGCGAGCAGUCCAUCGUCACUCUCAGCCUUGCCAUGUCAAAGGCAACAACAUACUCUUCCACAAAUGUACUUCACGCUUGGAGGUUCAGGUUGAGAGUUCUCCGUACCUGGGGGUAUAGAAUUCGCCGUCGUCCAAUUAUAUUUCACGUCUCGUUUCUCUUGUUCCUUCCUACAUAUCCUGUCUCAUCCUACGACAAAUCCACUCCUUACUUAUGGUCGUGUAGCGGCUUUGCACAUCGCACUGCUGGGUCCGUGGGUGUGCGUCUCAGCAUCAGAUACUGGCAUAGCGUUCUCAGCGUUGUGUACGCAUGUGCAUGCCUCAGGUGAGGGGAAAUAACGAGGAGAAUGCAGGGAUAUGUGUGACUGCGCUUAGUCUCUGAACUCGUUGAGGAUGACACUGCAAUUCUUAGCGCCGGCGGGUCAUUCCCUCCCGAUUUGGCCUUGCCAUGUCGCAAGCAACAACGACACG